AUGAAGUCGUAUUUACGGUUCUCAUUACUCAUCUCGCUGUUGCUGCUCAUCGUCCUUGCAUCUAUUCAUGCCUCACCCAUUGUCCUCAACAACGGUGCAUUGAGGAAUGCAACAGCCAUCACAACACCCACCAAAUCUCAUCCUCUGCAGAUUAUAAACAACGACAAAAGAGAUGUGAUUGAUCUUCAUAAUUCGGGCGGAGGAAAGACAACUACUACAACAACAAAGACAAGCACCAGUACCGCAACUGCAACAUUCACUUCAAAACCAUGGCCCACAUCAGCACCUUCUUUGAAUCCAGAGGACGUUUACGGUGGCAUAGGCAUCACUCCUCAAAACGGUGUUGCAGGCGCAUUCUUGAUUGUGCUAGGUCUCUAUUUGAUGGUGUUUGGGUUCAGAUCAUUCAGAAUCACAUUGGCUGUUUGCGGUUUUUUGACAUUUGGUCUCAUCACCUGGGUAGCCAUGGCCAACAACCAGCCCUACUAUGGCUAUAUCAACAAUGAUAUCACCACCAUUGCUGUUCCUGCUGGGUUGGGUAUACUUGGUGCUAUCAUUUAUGCUGUCUUUUGGAACAUUUCCAUCUAUCUCGUGGGAGCUCUCGGCGGAUUCACAUUAGCCAUGUACAUUCUAUGCUGCAAGGCCGACUUGCUGAUCACUCAGGUAGUGGCAAGAGCAGCAUUCCUAGUGGCCUUGCCCUUCUUCAUGUCGUUCAUCACCUUCUUCGCUGAGCGCUAUGUAUUGCUCUUUACCUUUGCAUUCGCUGGAUCGUACUGCUUUAUCGUUGGCAUUGAAUUCCUGGCGCACACUGGCUAUUUGGCUGGCAUCAAGUCCAUUCUAGAUGGCAACCCAUAUCACCAAGUUGUAUAUACCAUCACUCGCAAUGCGAUCAUCAUGAUUGCGUUCAUUCCUAUCAUCUUUGUCAUUUCAUUUGGCUGGCAAUACACGUACAAUAAGGGUCAAAUGUUUGGUGUUGUAUUUGUACCUCCAGCACCAAAGAGUGCUGAUUCCAAGGGCGGCAAUGAAAAGGAAGCAUCUGAGGAGGGACCUGGAGAGCCUGGACCCGUAGAUGAACACCAACCACACAUUAAAGAAUAA